GGCGGCGCGCCUGUAAACUGAAUUUAAGAAGACAAAAAAUGACAAAAUCGACCAUCAUGGGCGAGAGUAAUAUUCACUUAUUCACUUGGAUCUUAUGGCAUAAUCCCUGAGAACUGUCGUGGAAUUUCUCACCAACCGAAGCGUAAAUGGCUGAAAAGUAAGUUUUGAUGAUCUAAAGCUCUCAUUGUUAUUUGUGUAACCAGAUUUAGAGAGUUGUUUGAGCUUCGCGAAUUCUAGUGCUUGUUCCCAUGAUGGGUUUCAGCUUCAGCAUCUUGUGCUAAAUAAUAUGCCUGCCCUUAAAUUGAUAUUGGCAGUGACUGAUUUUUUCGCAGUUGGCAAUAUGAUCAUUUGUAUUCUUUCAAUUACCCAAAAGCAUGUAGAUGUGAAUUAUCGGGUACGAAUUAACAAGGCAUUUGUCGAUUUAGAAUGUGAACAAUCGACAACGACCAGAUUAUAGCGUAGCAAUGUGCCAUUUCAGCAUUGUAUUCUAGCUUAUACUAUUUAGGCUUUGUGAUGGGGUUACCACUCAGCUGUUAAGAACCUCUUGUAGAAUUUUCCAUCAAUGUGUAGGUUGGUUUUCCGGUCUGGUUACUACUCAUGCAGAAAAUGGUUGCAUUUAACGAACUUUCAAUCGAAACACAACGUAAUUAUCAUUGGGAAAUUCGACAAGAUUCUCGUACAUCUGGAGCGUCACUUCUACCACUGUUGCCAGAAGUAAUCAUUCUCAUCUCAUCUGAUACUUUCUAAACAUAUGAUGGUGUAGAUAAAACGGUUUUUUUCUCCAUGGAUCAAAGUAACUCUGACCUUUCUCGCCCCCUCAUGAAACGCACCACUCGUCGGUAAAAUAAGCUUAAGCUUACUUUGUUUGCGAAAGUGCGAAGAAGUAGUUAGAUCCGUUCAUUUCAGAAACGUAACUUGCUUAUCCCCUGAGAAAAUUAGCAAGGAUUUGUACAAAUUAGUGGGUCGGAAGUACCUGUAGUUGUAUUUGUUCCCAGGCAAUUAAUUAUAACUUGCAUUUGCUUUAACGCAUGAUGUGUCACGAACUUGUUUAAAAGUACCGAUGGGGUCUAAUCCUUAUCUGUCGUUAUAAAGGUUUCACAUACAAGUAGUUUACCUUACAAUCUUAUGUUUAUUAUGGUCUCUCUUGUUAGAAUAUCAUUUUGUGGGAAGUUGAGGUGUUAAUUUCAGUGAAUAAUACGUAAAUCAUAAACUCGAUUUUUUGAAUAAUGCAACAGGAAACCUGGGAUAUUUCUAGAAUUAACAUACAGGUAUCAGUUAUUGUACCACGCUGUGAAGUGAAACUGCUUUAGAACAACAGAAAUGUGGAUUUUGUUUUAUACCUCUUGGGCUUAACUUGUUCAGACUUGGUGUAAUUGCGUGUUUCCUUUCGCUCUUGUAUUAUUUUUAUAUUCAAUAUUGUUCUUAUUAUUUUGUUUUGCUUAUUAAUGGACUUGUAUGCUUCUAUUUUUAUGUAGUUCCUUAGCAAUGUACUUUAGCUUCAGGUAUUGACAUGGUAUUAUGUUGUCUUUAUCUCAUGUUGCAAAGAACGUGAAAAAACUGUAUGGCUCAUUCGUCCAACCUUUGGUCCCAUUUAAGAUUUUCAUUGUUUUCAUGCAUGGUUUUGUACAGUCCUAUGUUAAUGAGUAUAAAACAGGGAAAAUGGAAAUACACUGAACCAGGGUAAAUAUUGAACUGCAUGCAUGGUGCAACAUUUUUUGUCCUGGGACAAUAAAAUGGUGGAUCAGCGAAAGGGCUAUCACCUAUGUAACAAAUAGAAAACUUAUCACUCAAGUUUUUGGUAUCUUGAGGGUCCUUGUAUGAUAUAUAUUUUUUAAAAGAUUAACGAGCUCUGGAGUGAUGGCUAAUUGCCUUUGUAGCAAAACUCAGUGGCAUUUCAGAUAGCAAACAAAGACAUGUCUGACAACCCUGGGCUAGUGGAUUUACCAUCAGGCUUGUGAAAUCUGUUUUUCAUUUACCCGAUGGGCAAGUGAAUGUUUUUUGCUUUGGAGGUUGUGGGGUUAGGGGGGUGGGGGUGGGGGAAAGAGAUAAGGAAUUCAAUAUUACAGAAGUUCUCUAAGACAUUCGAGUUAUCAGGAGCUCCAGGCAAAUAGCAAACAGCCUGUUGAUUGGAGAGAGCAAUUUUAGCCCUCUUAGACCACAGUUUGCUUGUGCGGGACCACCUCUUUCUCAUUGUAAUAGGGAGCUUAAGCGACCACGACGGCAACGGCAGCAAAAACGUCACCUGGAAAGCGAGUUUGCACAGUUUAAAACUUUAUUACUUUUGUUUCAUUUCAUACAAGUUGUUUGUUGUUGGGGAAUUCUUCUUGAGUUGAUUCUAAAGCCCUUUAUCUAAGUUAAGAAAAAGAAAAUUGUUGUCUUGUGUUCAUGUCCUCCAAAAAAUGUUGAAGUAGGAAGUUUACGUCCCAGUUGUGCAACGGUGGUAAAGAAAUGUACAAAAGAGAUAUGCACAUGCAAAGUUGAUGUUUGGCUAAUUUAAACCUAUUGUUAAUUUUUUGCCAUUACUCUUUGCCGUCAUGGUUGUCAUUGCUGAAGCUCCCUUAAGUGUUAAUUAGACAGGGCUUCUGAUAUUUCGCACGUUUGCAGAGCCACGAAAUUCACAAAAACAUGCAAAAUACCGGGAAAUUCCCUAAUUUAAGUCUUAUCAAAUACAUGUCUGCACAACAUAUUUGAAACUUAUCUCGGCUACUGGGGCUGUUUACUUGCUGUAAAUGUGCAAAUUUCCCUUGAAACUUCAUUACUGAAGUGAGCAAACAACGUCCUAAAACUAUCAGGCGUAGUUAAUGCUGUGAAAAACUCAGGGCACUAUAGUUGUGAUGUUUAAGGCUUCCCAUUGACUGUUUUGUGGAGUGUAUUGUUGAACAUUGAAAGAGCAAAUGAUGACCUGAUGUUAAAAAAUGCGAUUGAUUUCUAGUGAAAUUUGCCCUGAAACUUCCCACAAAAUCGGCUGUUAUUUGCCAAUUGCUUUUUGGCGAAGUUUGCCCCCAAAAUUCCCACAAAAUCGGCUGAUUUUUCCGCAAAUUUGUCCCUCAAAAUUCUGCAAAAAUAUUUGGCUUUUUUUUCCAUGACCUAUCAGGAGCCCUGAUUAGAGGAUGACUUGCCUGGACCCUCACUGAUUGGGCAAGUAUGGUUUAAAAGUUACUUGCAGCCCAGCAAUGGGACUCUUUUUGAGUCCUGAUCCUGAUUUCACUCAUUGUGUUAAAUUCUAAUUUCUCAUCCCAACUAUUUCCCACUGGGUGAGGAUUACAUCUUUGUGUUUAAGUUGUUGUCAUUAUAAGAUAAAUAUGAAGUGCUGAGCGUAAAUACAGGGCUGUCAAUAAGGGCUGGUAGCUGGCCAAAACUGCUGGCUAGUUAGCCAUCCUUAGCCAGCUACUUUCAUCUCCUUCUACCAUAACUGCUAACAAAAAAUAUGCACCAUCGAAUAAGAUUGUUAAGCAUCUGUGUUCCAGUUUUGAAUGACAUUGAACGCAUAUUGAAACAGGUUUAGAUCUGUGAAACGUUCAAACCGUGCGAUAUUGUGGAAUGUCUGUGACAUUUCGAUGGCAUUGCUCCCAGUGAACAUUGCGAGUAUUCUGAGGGAACAACAUAGCAUACGCAGUCGAAAAUACCUCUUGAAAACCCCUGGAAAUGCCAUUUCUGAGACUCUAAAUUUCAAAAUGUCCCUAGAUGCCUUGGCCCUCAAGAAAUUGUGCUUUUGGUCCAAGUUUCAAAGCACCUACUAUUCAAUAUGAGCCUGCUACUUGAAAACAUUUUUGACAGCCCUGGUAAUAUCACUCUAAUUUCUCAAUGUAUUUGGUUGAAUCAUCAGACCUAAUUUCUCCUUGGUUUCACCCUCUAAUGUACUGUUGAAUAUUUUUCUACUUUCAGGGUGGAGUGGGUUGAAAUAAUUGAGCCCCGAACGGGGGAACCCAUGUAUGCCAACCUUAAAAGCGGUCAGUGCCUAUGGGACCCUCCUGCUGGUGUCAGAGUGUAAGUCAAACAGUCAUCAUAAUGAAUGCUUUACCCUAAUCAGUAAAAUGAGUGCUAUAUAACCCAAAACAAACAAUUAAGCUUAACACCAAACCCUACCCCUAAAUAUCUGUAAACUAAAGACUAUUUCUUAACAAGAUAUAAUGAGAGCAGUCUAAAAAAUUUUGUUCUGGAUCAAUAAUUUCGUACCAGUUUAAAAAUAAUGGUACAAAUACAAAGACAAUUUACCAUGAGCAAAAUUGAACUACAACACAUCCAAUACAUGUACAUUGUCCAACAGAUAGGUAGUGAGAGUAGCUCGCAAAAUUAAUAACCUGUUUGAUACAGGCACCAAGGGGAUAUGCCAUAGUGUUCAUAUUAUUGAGCUGUCCAUAUUAAGCUGGCUCUGUGAAAGAACUUCACGGACACAUUUCUUCUGUACGAAGAUGAAAGCAGACAUUUUCAGCAGAAAACAAUGUUUUACUUCUUAACUGUAACUGUAACAAGUUCAUCCUAAAGAAACCCAAUGAUCUGUUAUUGUAGUAUCAGACUAAAUGUACCUUUUAACUUGGUGUUCUUAAAACAUGACAGUGGAAUCCAUCACUUUAAUCUUUACUGAUAGCUUUAGUUUGGGUCUCAGCUAGGUGGACUUCUUUGAAAGGUCAUUUGCCAUUUCUGUUUGGUUUUCACUGGUAGUAUUUUCAGUCCUAGACAGUGCACAGAUCAAAUGUGUCCUUAAAGUGGGGUUGAUGAAACAUAUAAUUAUGGGAGUUUGUGACUUGGCACAUAGAAAAGUGUCCAUUGUCUGUAUUAAACGUUGUCCGUAUUAAAGGAGAAGUUCAUUCCCAGGCCAAAUGGCAGUUUUUUCUCUUUGCUGACAAAAAGAUUAUACAAAGGUAGGUUACUCACCAAAUUUCAGCUUCCAAAGAGCUUGCAAACCCUAUGAAAUCCUCUUCUAAAGUAUCCCGAAAUUAUAGAUCUGGGAGCCGCCAUCUUGGAGAACUCAUAGAAGCCUGGUGACGAGUACAUGCCGUCAAUGAGCUCAACCUGAGUUGGCAGAAAGAUUAAAUCACUCAACAGUUUUUUUUCUUUGCUUCGGAUUGUGUUUUUUGUGACCACGACUUCUUGUGCAGCUCAGAAAUGAAGACACAAGAAGUUUUGAGUGAUUUAAGAACUUAGGUUGAGCACAGUGACAUCACUCACUCGUCACCAGGCUGCUAAGAGUUCUCCAAGAUGGAGGCCCCCAGAUCUCGGAUUUCGGGCUACUUUAGACGAGAAUUUCAUAGGGUUGGAAAGCUCUUUGGAAGUCGAAAUUUCUAUGAACCACCUACCUUUGUAUAAUCUUUUUGUUGGCGAAAAGAAAAAAUCCUGCCAUUUUGGAAUGAACUCCUUUAAGCAGGUUAGUUUUAGAGUGGAAAAUAUAUGAGCUUUUAAUUGUGACAACAAAACUGUCCAUUACAUGUAUAUAUUUGGGCAACUGUAUUAAGUGGGUGUCCAUUGAACAAGGUUCCUUUGUAUUGCAAUAAUAUAAUUAUUAUAGAUUUAGUUAGGGGUAAGAGUCAUGCUCUCCAUAAUAUCUAAAGUUUGUUCAAACAAAAUAUAAAUUGUGUAAUGCUAGGCGGUGAAGGCAAUGCUGGAGAAGGGUGAAAAACAACAAUAGGUCUAAUUAGCAAACAAGCAACUUUGCAUGUGCAGCACACUUUUUCUGUACAUUUCUUUGCCGUUGUUUUGCAUGACUACAAUGUGAAACUUCCAGAAACUUCUUAGUUACACAUUUUUCGGAAGAAAUGUCGUACGUGUUGUCGUUCCCUUUUUUUCACUGCCGCUCAUUUUCACCUUGCAUUGGUGGCUGCCAGCAUUUCUCAUUUUGUCACCUCUGCUACAAACUUUUCUUGUUGUUCUUCCAACUAAAAAGUACCUCCUUUGUUUUUUUUAUCUCUCACCCUUUUUCUUGUUCAGGUUUGCUUGCCUGCUGCCUACUUUCUCUUUUCCUCUGUCUUUCUCUUGCUCUAUAUUCCAAAUUUGUGGACGUGACAAUUAAUCUAAGCUUAAUGCUUUACACAACAUGGAUAUAGAAACAGUUUCCGCUUUCCGUUUUUCCUGCCAAAAUAACCUUGAGUUGCAUUUGGGUUGCCAUACCUGUUGGUUGAGUUAUUUUACAAUGGUAUGCCUGUGGUGCAGAUGGAUGGCGGGUGGUCAGUAUACAGUCAUGUGAUUACCAAAUUUUCUGGGAUGGGUAGAUUUACUUACCCAUGGUGCUCUGCUGGCACAUGCUUUGCACGUGCGAGAGCUCUGCUAUAAUCCAAUAUUCUCUCAUUUAACAUUCAAUAUUUAGCGUAUUAGUAUAUAGGAGAAUUACUAAUCAGAUCUUGGGAGUUAAAGUGUAAAAUCUACAAUCAGUGGCAAAACUUUUGAGAAACUGUCGUGAAAUGGGGUAUAAUUCAGAGAACAAACCAAUCUUUACCCCUCCCCCUACCCUUCCCCCAUUCAGAGUUGGUUUGUUUGCUGUCUCCUAAAGUUAGUUUUGUUUAGACUAGGUUAGUGGGUGAAGGAGGAAAAGUUUCAUGUUUGCAUUUUCAACCCUCCAAGUUGGGACCAUUCUGGUCGCCAUGUGGCGCCUAAAAUUUUGGAGCUGGUGACUUGAUUUGUAGAAAAGUAUCCCUAAACUAAAAGAGUUGGUUGUCAAAUGGUGACCAAGCAAAAACUUUAACUUGGAAGGUUGAUUUGAAGUAGUUUUGUAGUGUCAACAAAAUGUAAGAAAGGUCAUUGAGGGCAGAGGUUUUCAUUCCAACUAAUAUUUUGUUGCUAGGUACAGUUGUAGUGGUGGGUGGCUGCAUCAUUUUUUGUUAAUUAUGAUUUCUCGUGAAUUAUUAAUCAGAUGAAAUUUGAGGUCAUUAUUACUGCAUGAAAUUGCACCAUCACACAUAUGAAAAGCUCCAAAAUGAUCAGGUAGACCUGUGUGAAUUUCUUUGAAAAAAUAAUUCACUUAGGCAUACAUGUAUGACAUUAGAGCCAUAGAAAGUAAUGUAAAGUUAGUCUUGUUAGUAAGAUAAAGUUUACCUUUGUUCUUUUACAGUUAUUUUUUGUAGUGGCCUGCUACUUUUAAACUUAACUUCAUUAUUGUAUGUUUUAAAGUCACCACUAGUGAUCAGCCAAUGGCCUUGUCAGCUUAUAUUUACAUGUAUGAAAACUGAAUGUGAACCUAUAUAAAAGUGUGUUCUGAUUUUAAAGAGUGUCAAAUUUCAGGAAGAAAGCCAAUGACACUCAGUGGUGGGAACUGUAUGACCAGAAGACUCGUCGCUACUACUAUUACAGUGCAGGAACACAAACUACAGUUUGGCAUAAACCAAAAGAUGCAGAGAUUAUCCCUCUUGCUAAACUACAGGUAUGUGUUAAGUAUCAUAAUGUUUUUUGUAUUAUUUUCAGUGAAAACACAGUUAGAGGUCCUGUAAGUGGGAGAGUGUUCUUGACUGUGUAUGGCAAUUACUGCUUUGGGAUAUAGGUAACUAAAAUUUUUACAUUGUACUCGCAGUUUGCUUGAGACGUUUAGGGUUUCUGUUAGCAAGAGUGUGCAUUGGUUUUGAUGAGUCUGACAUUUUCGAAAAAAGACAUACUUCAUGUACUGGUGUUUAUAUGAGAAAGUGGGCUUUCACCUUGGGAUUUCUAGCCAAUUCUUUCAUUUGUAGGAAGGGUGAAAAGUGACAUUUUUUUGGACAAUUAUUAUUUGCAAUUCAAGAUCUAUUUUAAUAAUUAAUGUAAAAACUUCCUCUGAAUUUUUUAGAUCUUGCAAAUUGCAUGAUCUUGUCCUGUUGGUAUUUAUAAAGCUGUCAAUCAAUUUCACAAUGGUAAUUUUAUCGUGCUCUUUUUUUGUGUGCCUUAUAAACUAAUUAAGAAUUUGAAAUCAGUAAUUAUUUGCAAAUUCAGUGAUUCUGUACUUUGUUCUUCAGUUGAAGUCGAUAAUCCACCUUCAUUGUGUCAAACUUAAUUAUAAUUUUGGUUGUUAACAUAUUUGUGCUGAAGCUUGUUAAUUAUUACCAUUUUGCAAGCAUAAUGUCAUGUGCUGUCACAAAGAAAUGCUAACACUCGUAAUAUAAAGCCAAAAAGAUGUGGUAACAGCAAUUUAUUUAUUGUGUACAAGUAUCUCAUUUAUUGUGGGCAGUGGAGGCUAUGUGUUUUUUGGUUAGAGUGGUGGAAUUCUUUUUUUGUCGUGAAGUGGUAAAUACUGCAAUUAUAACUAUUGUGCACACAUACGUACAAAAUUCAGUUAAAAGUGUUAAUUAUUGUCACCUUAGGUUUAGGAGUUGGUGUUGAAUAUUUUUUGCACCUUAAAUCAUUAUAUUUUAUUGAAAGUUAUUUUUUAUUUUCUGAGAGCAAGUUUUAGUUAUUAAAUAUUGGUAAGAAAUUGAAUUAUUUUAAAAUGUGACUGAAUCUUUGAAGAGGAAAUGUGUUUACAGUAGCAUAUUUAUAUGUACACAUGGUGUCAUGAAGUUUUCUUUGGGUGGGUAUACGAUUGACUGUAUUUUGGAAUAAACAGAUGACUAUCCUCUAGAAAAUACUUUUUUGAUCUUCAUCAUGUUGUAAUAUUCAGAUGACUGCUUGAGCAAAAAAAUUAAGGUGCAUGUAACAUUCAGUUGGUCCAAAUAUUAUGUUAAAGGUGAUUGGUAACAAAACAUCUGCACAUUGUCUAUGAUUAAUCAAAUGCAACCCCUCAAAUUUGAAAAUAUUAUGAUCAUGCAGGAAUGAAGCAGUGACUUACAUACACGUCGUAUUCUUCUGACCCAUAACUUAGCUGUAUUUACUUGUACUCCUGUCAAUGGUGGUUAAAUUGCAUAAAGCCUGAAAAUGCCAAGUUACGAUUCUCCCUGAAAAGACAUUUCAACUAUUUUAAAAGGCCAUUUUUAUUCGAUUUAAUGUAGACCCUAAAAGCAAGAGAAAAGAGGCGAGCAGCAAAAGCCAGAGAAGAGAGAAGAGAAGGUUCAAGCCGGCGGGAAAGUUCUGAAAGAAGAAAGAGGGAUGGCAGUCUCAGGAAAGAUAGCUCAGGAAAACAUGAUGAUGGGAAUUUACAUCGUUCCCUUUCAUCACCUUCCUUACCUCAUAGUUCCCUCCCUAGGAGUAGUGCUGCCGUACCUUCAUCGUCCCUCUCUUCUCUUUCUUGUUCAAGUUCUCUCGUGUUUUUUGUACUUCGUCUUCAAUCAAAGAAAUACAGAUUAAUUUUAAGACAAGCUUUGGAUUUUGUCUUUUAAUUAGCUAAUGAUGAUUUUUGAAGUUUUAGAGGUGCAUCAUAAAUCAGACGUGAUGGGCCUAUACAAGUCUGAAUCCUUCACAGUGGAUCCUUGGUCAUAUCAUAUCCUUCUAUAAUAAUUAUUUGCCAUCAGCUCGCUCGAUAUAAUGAAUGUUAUUCUUUGUCCAGUAAUAGUAAUAUAAUAUAUUAAAGGGAAGAGAACUUCCAUAUCAUGAAAGCUUGACAGAGAACAUUAUUAUUUUGUUAGUCCCCUGGCCCUUUGUUAUAUCAAGGUUCCACUGUUACGUGACCGGUUUAAUAUAUUUUUAUGUUGGUUUUAACCAAAAAAGAUCAAUUUACCGUAAAUCCUCUAUUAAGCCCCCUAGGGGGCUUAUUUAUUUUAAGCCCAUUUGAAGGGUCUUAUUUGAGAGGGGGCGGGGGGCUUAUUUGAUUUAGAAAUGACGAUGGUAUCAGUUCUCGAUAAAGAACUAGAACAUACAAAGUGGAAAAGCUCAAGUACAAGACCUUUUAGGUCAUUGCAGCGAAGGAUCAGAAUCAAUUCUGAACUUCCAGUUGGUAAAUAAACCAUCCCGGAUCAGUCCACAAGAAGUUUUAUCGUGAUCAGAAACCCAUGGGUUUCUGUCGUGAUUUAAUUAUUAAUACAGUCUAUCAUUUAUUAGUGAAGAAUAAUUAGGAGAGGGGAGGGGAGGGGGUUUGAUAGAGAGGAGGGGGGGGCUUAAUAGAGGAUUUACGGUACAACUACAAUGCAAUUUUCUUCAAGUGAUUAACUCAUGAUCACUCACAGUAUUUAUGGUUGCAUAAUAUCCUGAAAGCACUGGUUAUACACAAGAAUGAUAGCAAUUUUAUCAUUCCUUUCGUUAUAUUUUAUGCGUUCUUUGUCUUGAUUGCCUCUGCAGCAUUCAAAGUGGGGCACUGUUUUCAAUUGGAAUAAGGUGUAUUGCAAAUCUGGAAUCUGGAACUGGGAAUAUUAAGAUACUCAUCCAUGUUGGUCUUUUCCUCCUUCCUGUUCAGCUAAUGAGGGAGUCGUGGGGGGUUUGUGUGAGGUAUUCAAUAAUAAUAAAUAAUUAUUAUUAACAAGUUGUGAACAAUAAAACUGAGAUGCUACCGUUUAAAUCUCAGCCUUCAAGCUCCUCUACUGCAGUUCCCAAAGAAGCCAGUGUUGUGGAAAAUGGAGUGGAGGACAAGCCAGCAAAGGGUGAUGCUGAAGAUGUAGUUGAUACUAACAGUGAAGAGGUAACAACAGCCAAUGUGGAUGAGGUUGAUGCAGAACGCGUAGAGAAAAGAAAGUCCCCUGAACUUCCCCUGCCUGGGAUACCCUUACCUGAGCUUCCCGCACCAGAAGCUCCUGCUGCCACACCCAAUGUGACAUUGCUUAGCAUUCAAGAUGGAAAGGAGAAUGUAACUGAUGAUGAAGGCCAGCUUACACCAUCAGGAACAUUGUCAAGAACUGGCACUCUAGAUGAGUAAGAAACUUUAUGUUAAGUUAUAUAGUGGUUUAGGAAUUCUAUUAUUAGGCUGUCUUUGGCCCAGCUUCAAAGAUUAAGAUUAAAAGAUGAUGGAUAUAGGUGACCCAGAAGGCAUUGUGUGUCCUGACCCCCCUGCUAUGGGGCAGAUCAUGUGACUUUUGGGGAGAGGGAGAUUUUAUUUUGGGGGAAACAAAGUGGCAAACAAACUUUGAAUGAAAACAUAAUUCUAAAUGUGGAUUAUGUUACAUGAAUUAGUCACUUUCAACAACAGUCCUGUGAAGGACCUUACUAUUAUGGACAAUCAUACAACCUCUAAUGACAAUUAUUUUAUAUCGCCCUCUUGGAGUAAUGGUGGCUUCAUACACUGCAAGAAAGUAAGUAAUCAUCAGUGGCAUUUUCCAAAGUAUUCGACCACUGCAUUGUGCAGUCCAAUGUAUCCCUAUCAAAAGUUUCUAAUUCCUUUGAAGCAACUUAACAUGAGAUUAGUUUGUUAAUGAUAUAUGAAAUAAAUCAUAUAUGAACUGCGGAAAUGAAAUGAAAAUGAAGAAAUGAUCGUCGCGGUGAACGCAAUUUAUGUAAUUGCGUAAAGAAGCCUGAAAAAAAAAAGAAAAAGAAAAUUCAGGACUUCAACGGGGUUUGAACCCGUGACCUCGCGAUACCGGUGCGAUGCUCUACCAACUGAGCUAUGAAGCCACUGACGAUGGGAGCACUGAAUUUUUUUCAGGCUUCUUUACGCAAUUGCAUAAAUUGCGUUCAUUGCGACGAUCAUUUCUUCAUUUUCAUGAGAUUAGUUUAUUAGUUAUCAUUGGGGUUACUAAAAUAUGUUUCAUUUUUGUGUCCAUAUGCAGUAGUACUGGAGAGGAUCACCUUAGCCCAUCAGGGACCAUAGAGAGGGCACGACAAGCUGUGGAAAGUGCGUCAAGGACUAUUCUGGCAAACAGAGCUGCUGCAGCCUCCUCUCAAACAGAGAGAAAAGAAGAUGAUUCAGUCUUUAUUGAGCGUGGCAGCUUCAAGGGCUCCAGGAAAGGUGCUCAUGAUAGUCUUUGUCUUGUAAUGAGGAGUUUUAAGCAACACUAAAGAGCUUAUUUAAAAGUUACAAUCUCUGGCAGUGACCAUCCCUAGCUGUGCAGAACUAGGACAAAUACUGACUGAUUUCCUAAUGAGCGCCAAAGCUUCUAGGGUGGUCCUGGGGUAUGCUCCACCGGGAAAUGUCCCCUGGGUUUCAAUGAAAUCUUGCUCCAUAUCCAAUACAACAUGGAAAUUAACCUUGAUAAAAUAAUCAGCUGAUUUGCAAGGUUUCAUCUGAGGAGAAUGGAACAGGCCGAUAUCCUGUAAAUAAUUUGUUUUGACUCCACAGGCCACAGGGAGAGUUUGGAUGAUUCUUUGAGUCUAAAACUGAGAGCAGGAGGCAUGCCUGCCACUACAGCUCGUUUAGUCGAGGCAUGCGCACCGCCUUCCUUGAAUGACAGUCUGCCAAGUAUUCGCUCUCUGCGGCAUCAGAGACAAGUGAGUGACAGUGUUCUGAAAGAUCUUAGGAUUGAUGAUGAUGAUGAUGAUGACUUGGAUACAAAAUCCCUUGGGACACCGAGCACUUUGCCACGACUAAGCCGACCUUCCUCCAUUGCUACUCCGGCCACAGGCUCUUCAAAGCACAGUACCUUGGUAAGUGGCUUGCAUUGUGUCUUGGUAUUAAUGUAAACCGUUGAAGUUCGUUGAGACUAACCCUUGUUGAUGUAACAAGUAGCUGCUUUCAUUUGGAAUUUAAUUUGCCUUAUUAUAGGCAGCUCACAAUCACACGAAUUUCUUAACGCAAAGUUUAUGAGAUAAGUUUAUCAAAAGUAUUCUACCAGCAAUGGAAUAAGCAUGAGAACUGAAUUAGGUAGAGCGUUGGUAUGUCUGCAAAAUUACAAGGGUUUGUGUGAAAAAAAAAAAACUGGACCGUUAGAGGUGCGGUCCAGUGCCUUUUUCCAUUGCUACCUAGAGUCUUAUUUUUCUCCAUUAUUCAAACCGUAAUAUUGCGACAUGAUUUGGCUUUUUUCCUAUGUACAUCUGCCCCCUCCCCUCAAAUUAUUUUUUGUUGGGAGGUGGUGACUGUACACGGGCUUAUCAAACCCGUCUGUGAAUAUAUUUCAGCUCUUCAUGACAAGGUGAAGGUGAUGAUGACCCUUUAGUAAUUCUGUUUCUCAGUAUUACUGGCAGUUAGCUGCAAUUUGACUUGAUAUGUUUCUGUUCGUUUCCCUGUUUCUACCAGGAACGUUCUCAUUCCAUCCCAGGCUCCAAGCCACCUUUGAUGAGAGCACUAGGUGCUUAUGAAGAAUACUUUAGUCAUCACAAGAAAGGCGUUUUCAGACGAAAGAGAAUCUCUUUAGCGAGCAUGCUCUCCUGGUCAAAGGUACUAAGUGACUUUUGAGUCCCUGAGUAAUCAACCCAGACAUAUAUCGUGUCAACAUUUGACUCUGGAUUAAAACCCUGUAUAAAAGAGUUAAGCCCCCCAGGUCGACGAACAAAAAUAUAACGACAAGUAGUGUCUGGGUUCUGAGAAACUGCCCACCUACUCCUCCCCUAAGCCAAAAUUUACACUUUCCUCUUACUUAGGGUAAAAUGUUUGCUUAGGGGAGAGGGAGGUGGGCAUUUUCGUAGGAACCUAAAUUGAUCCCAACGAUUGUUAGCCUCCCACGCAGACGUUCUUUGUGCUUCGUCACGCGUUCCUCCCCUACCCCCCCCCCCCCCCANGGUCAAAGGUACUAAGUGACUUUUGAGUCCCUGAGUAAUCAACCCAGACAUAUAUCGUGUCAACAUUUGACUCUGGAUUAAAACCCUGUAUAAAAGAGUUAAGCCCCCCAGGUCGACGAACAAAAAUAUAACGACAAGUAGUGUCUGGGUUCUGAGAAACUGCCCACCUACUCCUCCCCUAAGCCAAAAUUUACACUUUCCUCUUACUUAGGGUGAAAUGUUUGCUUAGGGGAGAGGGAGGUGGGCAUUUUCGUAGGAACCUAAAUUGAUCCCAACGAUUGUUAGCCUCCCACGCAGACGUUCUUUGUGCUUCGUCAUGCGUUCCUCCCCUACCCCCCCCCCCACGAAUUCAUUUUGCACGGCUUUACUUGCAAAUAUUUAAUGCCUCUUGUGAUUUUAUCAGGUGCCUAUCAAGAAACCGCUGAUUUUGAUCCAAGACAGACAAAUGAAAAAGGAUGCAAUCGACAUGUUUAAAUUAAUUCUCGGCUACAUGGGAGAUCGAACAAUCAAGGGGAAAAGUCCGGAGAAACUGGCUUUGGAACUCACUACCAAGGGCUGGGGUACACCUGUGCUGAGAGAUGAGAUUUACCUGCAACUGUGUAAACAGACAACCGACAACUUUAGACCGUGAGUAGACUUGUGACAAGUCGAGAUGCCAAGUUAGGAAAAACGUGAAGAUCGUCGGGAUGAAGCACUUACCCUUACGGGCGGCCAUCUUAUCAGAAAUGUACCGAGUCUACCCUGGGGAUGAGCAUGAAAUCCGGGGGGGAUACUUGAGUUAAUUUUUGUUGGGUAUGUGCCGCUGGCCUCUCAGAGCCCCUACCCCAUUAUAGUCUAUUCUGUGGCCAAUUAUAGACCCCAUCUUAGUCACUUUUCGGCAAAUAUGUAAUUUUCGCGAUCCCAACUUAGUCACUUUCUAUUUAUGUAUCUACAUUAUCAAUCCUUUAAGUAGGUCAUCAUAAAAUGAAUUGACCCAUUUUUUACAUUGAAUGAAGAACAUUUUACUUUUCAUUUACAGUACAAACAUUCUGAUAUGUUUGCUAACUGUAAAUGUGAAGAACCUUCUCACCCCGAAAAUCAGCCUGAGAAAAUGUGCGACCCCAUUCUAGUAACUCUAUUCAAAAUGCGACCCCCUUAUAGUCAAUCCAGUCGUGAAAAUGCGAACCCAUCCAACGGCACAAGGCCUCUUAUAAGGAAGUACCCCCAGGGUAUCAAAUCUAUUUAGGGAUGAGGGGGAUCUCUAUUUUUUCUUUUUUGUCCUUCUUGACCCCUUUGCACAAGCCAACAGCGUUUGCACAUGCUCUGCUCUGAUGUCUUAAAAAUCGCUCUCGCACGCUCUGAUUGUCACACCUUUACCGAGUUGAUCAGGCUGGGCGAGCCAAACUGUUUAUAAUAAUGGAGGCAAGUCGGCCUGGCUAGGAGGGUGACUCUAUCAUCACAAAAAGGUGACCCGACUAGUCUGAGGUCUCUGAAAUUAUACCGUGAACUGUGUAUGUAUAGGCGAAUCUUUGCUGACGUCAUUUUUUAGAAGGCGUCAGCGUAUGCACCAAUUAAAUUCAAACGUUGACAGAGUUUGUUAGCCUGCGAAAGCAUCCGUUUCUCCUCGCUCUUCGCCGCUGGGGACGUUUCGCGCGAAACGUCCCCAGCGGCGAAGAGCGAGGAGAAACGGAUGUUUCCGCAGACUAAGAGUUUGUUAACUUGAACAAUUUGUGCAAUUUUCAGCUUUUUACAAGCAAUAACAAAAGAAAUAGCUGUCAUCGAAACUGCGAAAUUGCUGGGUGGCAUAACAUUAAUGAGCCCAUACAUUUUUGGUUAAGUUUCCAGUUUUUCAAAGAUAAUCAUUCCGAAACUUUUCAGUCUAUCGAGCUCAAAUUUUCAUAGAUAACAGAAAUUGUUAUGCUCUUUCGAUAUUCAGAGAGUUUAUUUUAAUAGCUUGAUCAGAGUAUGAAACGCUUAUGCUAACGAGGCAAAGAAUGUAAACAAAGAUUCGCCUAUUGUACUACAUCUAGUAAGGUACAUCUUGACAAAGUGGUCGUUUAAUACAGGUGGUGGCCAUGGUCCGUUGUAGUAGUGUAGUGGUAAGGGAGAGAGAUUAAAUUAGCGUACGAAAGGUGUGGUUCGAUUGUUUCUUUCUUCUUAGUAGAAACAUUUUCAUUGACAGUUCAAAAAUUAAGAAAUAGGCCUUUCAAAAAUGGCAGGACUGUCUACGAACGGAAAAUUUCCGGCGCCUUCUUAGUACUUAGCUAAGCUCCCUAAUCUUUAUAACAUUGCAUUUGUUCCUGUUUUCAGCGACAGCCUACGAUGUGGUUGGGAGCUCAUGGCAAUAUGCCUCGCUCUUUUUCCUCCUUCCACCAAAUUCCACUCAUAUUUAGAGGGCUACAUUAAUAAGAACCUUGAAGACUCCGACUGGAAAGAUGUAAGUUGUUUUUAUUGUUUGAUUUGCAUUUUUGGGGCUAGACACUUAAGGUAACUUUCACGUAACGUCGUACUCUCGAGGUAGAUUAAUGGUCUUUUAGACUUUCCAUAGGUAAACCUAAUAGGCCUUUUUAAAAAAUAUCAUACUUUUUGUUUUCCCCAAAAAAUUUUGCGUAAAAAUAGUUUGCAAUUUCUCUUGGGACUUACAAUUGUGGAAAAAAAUGAUUAUGCAAAAUUUUGGAGGAAAAGCAAAGAGUAUUAUGGUCUUUUGUCGAAGACUCUAGUUUUAAGGUUAUGUUCUACCCUGUGCCAGGCUCUCGGUCUUUGUAGAUGAGCGAAAAAAGCGCAAAGUAGCGAAAAAGCGAGCCAGCGAAAAACGGCGUUAACCGUCUCUCCCCAGUCCUCACGCGGUUUUUCGCACCUUUUUUCGAUCUCUUUCGCCCACUAUCUAGGAGCCUUGAACAGGCUAGUUAUGCCCACCCUGACGUAUACAGACUUGAACGUUUACCACUGUCAAGAGAAGAAUACAAUCGACUCCCGAUAACUCGAACCUUCAAGGGAAAUCGAAAAAAGGUCGAGUUAUCGGGAGUUCGAGUUAUCGGGAGCUUUAAGAAAAUAGCCGAGAGUAAGGUAAAAAACAGUUUUUACUGCACAGUGAACAUUUUAAUCACAUUUAAUUGUAGAAAUGUCAAGUGGAAAUUAAAAUCAGAAUUAAAUCAGAACGUAACGUAACAAACCAUAGCCUAAAGAGAGCAUGCGUUUUACUGUUUUGAGAAGUAAAGCUACUUCACGUUAGCCUGUGACAAUCAAUAUCAGCCUCCACNUCAUGGCAAUAUGCCUCGCUCUUUUUCCUCCUUCCACCAAAUUCCACUCAUAUUUAGAGGGCUACAUUAAUAAGAACCUUGAAGACUCCGACUGGAAAGAUGUAAGUUGUUUUUAUUGUUUGAUUUGCAUUUGCACACUUAGGUAACUUUCACGUAACUUCGCACUCUCGUGGAAGAUUAAUGGUCUUUUAGACUUUCCAUGGCUAAACCUAAUAGGCCUUUUAAAAAAUUUUCAUACUCUUUGUUUUCCCCAAAAAAGUUUGGGUAAAAAUAGUUUGCAAUUACUCUUGGGACUUACAAUUGUGCAAGAGAAAUUGAAAAAAAUGUUAAUGCAAAAUUUUGGAGGGAAAACAAAGAGUAUUAUGGUCUUUUGUCGAAGACUUUAGUUUUAAGGUUAUGUUCUACCCUGUGCCAGGCUCUCGGUCUUUGAAGAUGAGCGAAAAAAGGGCAAAAGCAGCGUAAAAGCGAGCCAGCGAAAAACAGCGGGAACUGUCUCUCCCCAGUCCUCACGCGGUUUUUCGCACCUUUAUUCGAUCUCUUUCGCCCAUUAUCUUGGAGCCUUGAACAGGCUAGUUAUGCCCACUCUGACGCAUACAGACUUGAACGUUUACCACUGUCAAGAGAAGAAUACAGUCGACUCCCGAUAACUCCAACCUUCAAGGAAAAUCGAAAAAAGUUCGAGUUAUCGUGAGCUCGAAGAAAAUAGCCGGGAGUAAGGUAAAAAACAGUUUUUACUGCACAGUGAAUAUUUUAAUCACAUUUAAUUGUAGAAAUGUGAAGUGGAAAUUAAAAUCAGAAUUAAAUCGGAACGUAACGUAACAAACCAUAGCCUAAAGAGAGCAUGCGUUGUAUCCGUCUAUAAACUAUAAUGAAAUCGUGUGGAAAGGGUAGCCCUUGAAAGCGUUCUCUUAGUAAAAUGACACUUUUUCCAACUCUAAAUUCUGCUCCUCAGCUACAAUGUGUAGGUAAAAAGUUUCUUUAGUAUUGACGUAAUUGUAAGUGUUACUCUGAACUUUUCUUUGUUUUAGAUUCCCGUAACCCAGUACGCCAGCCAUUGUUCGGUGAGACUUAAACGAAUCGCCAGAACUGGGGCAAAGAGAGGGCUCCGGAAACCAAGCGUAGACGACAUUAAGCAAGCUAAGGUAAGUCGCUGAAUCGCUCUUCACAAUGCAGUUGUUGUUACCUAUUUAUUUAUUUAUUUAUUUAUUUGACAUUUCAAAUUAUACAAGAGAGACAUUAUGAUUCACGCUUACCGCAAACGGCAAACGUCAGACUCAAGUUGAGAAUUUCUCAGAAUAGAAAAAAGCAGAUAAAAACAUUCCCGAACGUUUCCUAUGGUUAAAACUGGAAUAAAACUACUUAUUUUUGUGUGGAAGCAAUAAACAGUAAACGGAAAAUAAGGGGAAGACUUGGUCACGUGGUACAAAUUCACGUCUGCCGUUUGGCGUAAACGUGAUUCUUAAUAUCUCUAAUGAUAAAUAAAAAAUGUGACACAACAUUUUAAGCUUUGAAGACUUUUUUUGGGACUCUUCAGUAUCCAGUUUACCAUACUGUAGUUUCCCAAAUAUGUCUUCAAAACUUUAAUGCUCCGUCAUGUUUUUUAAAUAAAUAAUUUAAUACCUACAGUGCUUUACUGUACGUAAUUCGCGCGCGAGCGUCGAACGGCUCGGUCCCUCACCUGUGAUAAUUUUCUUGUCUCCUAGUCUAGGUAAUUUCGUUAACAUUUCUUUCUUUAUUUAUUUACCUGUGAAAAAUAGUACUGAAGUCUAACUGGUCGAAGGGCGAAGAUAGAACAGACUUCGAGAGUUCACCUUGUAAUUGUUAGAUUGCAAAUAUAAGAGCACUUUCUGUUUGGUUUUAAUAACAUACAUAGCAUAUUUUGUGUGGCACAGGCAAUGAUAACAGCAACAUGAACUCAAAUGUACUUCCUCAGGGUUGACUUACAGCAAUUCAAGACGAGAACAAAACCAAGGCUUUCGUUAUCCAACAGCUUAAGCUUAUUCGGUCUUAUUGCCGUUUCUUGUUUACAGUCCUCAGUGUUUCAACUGUCCAUGUUUGGCUCCACUCUCGACGAAAUCAUGGAAGCGCAAGCAAAGCAAUUUCCUUCACUUAAGCUACCCUGGAUUUUACCCACCCUCGCUGAGUCAGUUCUGCAGCACCAAGGCGCAUCAACGGAGGGCAUCUUUAGGUAGGCCACAGUACCCUAGUUGUGAUCGAGAAACGUCAAAGCUACUUCCAUAUUUACUCGAUAAAACGCGGUAGUCGGAAGCAAAAUUACGAAUAAACGCCGCACUCAAUCAGAAGAAUUCGACUUUAAUUCGAGGAUUAUAAGAAAAAUGAAAAACGAAAAAAAAAAAGAUAAUAAAAGCAACAACUACAAGAAUGACAAAUACCGUAAACUGCUUCUUGUAAGCCCCCCUCCUAUCUAAUUGUAAACAAAAAAUUACAUCCGAUUAUUGGAUUAUUAGACCCCCCCUCCCCCCCCGGAUGUAGGCGCCCCUCCAGCUUGUAUUGAAAUGAAUUCUAUUUAUGAAGUUUUUUUCGCCUAAUUUAAAACCACUAAAUGCAAAACUUACGUCGAUCAGCACUGCCAUAACUUGUUUGAGCGCUUUUUUUAGUCCGAUAUAAGCCCCCUCGUUUAUAAGCCUGCCUAAAACCCCCUAUGAAGAUGUAUAAGCCAGGGCUCGUAUGCGGCAGUUUACGGUAUCCUGAGUGGCGUAACUGUAGUCGUUAAUCAUUAAUGUCCCUCUCUGUUUCAGGGUCCCGGGGGAUAUCGAUGAGGUGAACUGUCAGAAACUUAAACUGGACAGAUGGGAAGUACCGACAGAUUUUGCCGACCCUUUUGUGCCGGCUUCACUUCUCAAACUUUGGUUCAGGGAACUUCACGAACCUCUUAUACCGGAACGUUUUUAAUAUCCUUUUUAAAAACCAGUUAACGUGAAGUCGGGGUGGUGGGUGGGGGGUAGUAGUAGUCUGGCGUUCAACAGAGUGACUACAUGAAAGCGUGGCGGUUUGACGACCAAGCCAUGGCAGGGGUAGCAUGUUCGCAGGCUAUUGCAGGCAUGAGACUGUUUUGGAGGACGAAUUUGGACCCAGUUUCCUUCGCAAUUUUACAAUAGCUCCCCAAAACAGUCCCAUAGUGCAUUUCGGUACAUUUCCUUUGCCGUUUGGAUAUGGUUCUUCAACGGUUCUUGGGAAUUCAAAUCCAGGAGAGUUCUCGUACGUUUGGCAAAGUGAGUGAGUUGGAAUAAUCGUGAAGAAGAUUGAAAGGACGCGAAUUCACUUUUAUUAAGCGACCUUUCGCCACCGUCGCCGCCCCCUUGGAUUUUUAGGUCCCUAAUGAGUGUGCGCAGA